CUUAUAAUAACGGGGCUUUUAUCUAUAUUCCUUAUCUCUAAGAAGAGAGAGGUCAAUAUGGCGUCAAAUGAUCCUUGCACUCUCUCUAAUCAUAACCAAGUGACUGUGAGCCACUGGCAUCUCUCAAUCUCUCCUCCUAACUUUGAGGCAAAAAUACUAACAGGAAAAAUAAGAAUAAAUGCAAGAGUGAUAUCUGACAAUGCUACUCAGCUGAUUCUAGAUACUCGUGAUUUGACUAUCGUUAAUGUCAUCGAUGGUUUGACUGGUCUAACUUUAUCGUUCAAAUUAGGAUCAGUUUACGAAAAGUGUCCAGCAUUUGGUUCACCAUUAAUUAUUGAUUUACCAUCUGAUCAGACAUCACAUGGGUCAACUCCUAUGAUCAUUAUUGAUUAUACCACGUCACCAGAGAGCUCUGCUGUUCAGUGGUUGGAACCAGCUCAGACAGCUGGUAAACAGUAUCCAUAUCUAUUUACGCAAUGUCAGGCGAUACAUUGUCGUAGCUUGUUGCCUGUUCAAGACACACCUUCUGUUAAGAGUACUUAUUCUGCUGACGUAACUGUCCCAAAGGGUUUGACAGCUCUUAUGAGUGCAGUGAGGGAAGGGGAAGGAACGGCUGUUGGAGAAUUUAUUACUUUUAAAUUUGAACAAAAAGUGCCCAUUCCAUCAUAUUUAACUGCACUUGUUAUCGGAGCAUUGGAAUCAAGGAGGAUCGGUCCAAGAUCUCAUGUUUGGAGCGAAAAAGAAAUUGUUGAUAAAGCAGCAUUUGAAUUCUCUCAAACAGAGGAUAUGUUAAAAGCAGCUGAAUCCAUAGCUGGCCCUUAUCUCUGGGGAGUUUAUGAUUUGUUGGUGUUGCCUCCUUCAUUCCCUUAUGGAGGAAUGGAGAAUCCUUGCUUAACGUUUGUAACACCCACACUAUUAGCUGGAGAUAAGUCUCUUGCUAAUGUUGUUGCUCAUGAGAUAUCACAUAGCUGGACUGGUAAUCUUGUGACUAACAAGAACUGGGAACACUUUUGGCUUAACGAAGGAUUUACUCGCUAUUUAGAGAGCCUUAUUGUAGCAGCUGUUUGGGGAGAGAAGGAGAGACACCUUCAACAAAUGCUUGGUUGGAAAAGUCUUCAAGAUUCAGUUGAUAAGUUUGGUCCUACUAAUCCAUUGACAUCUCUAGUGCCAACACUGAGUGACAUUGAUCCUGAUGAUGCUUUCUCUUCAGUUCCUUAUGAAAAAGGAUUUGCAUUGUUGUAUCUUUUAGAAACUAUUGUAGGACUUGAUAAGAUGAAAGGAUAUCUUCGAUCACAUGUUGAAAAUUUCAAAUAUAAAACCAUCGACAGCAACGAAUGGAAGGAAUUCUUUUUGCAACAUUUCGAAAAAGAAAAUGAUGAUGGAUUGUUUGCUAGUAUUGAUUGGGAUAAAUGGUUUUAUAGCCCUGGUAUGCCACCAUACCAACCACAGUAUGAUGUGAGUGCGUCUAGUGCAUGUAGUUCAUUGGCUGAAAGGUGGAGUCAAUGUAAUGAUGACACAGAAUUUACUGCUAAUGAGUUUGAGGCAUUGUCAUCAACUCAAGGUCAAGAAUUCCUUAAUCAAUUACUAAACAAACCUCCAUUGUCAGUUAAUGUGCUCAAGAAAUUGGAGACAGUUUAUAAAAUGAAAGAAAGAGCAAAUUCUGAAAUAAGAUUUAGAUGGCUUAGAUUAGCAUUGAAAGGGAAGUAUGUAGAUGUGUAUCCACAUGUUGUUCAGUUCUUGCUAGAGCAGGGAAGAAUGAAGUUCGUGAGACCACUAUACAGAGAACUGUAUAACUGUGACGGUGAUGGAAAGAAGUUGGCCAUGGAUACUUUUAUUGCUAAUAAAGGAAUAUAUCAUGGAAUAGCUUCAACCAUGAUUGCUAAGGACCUUGGCGUUAAUUAAUAUACAUGUAAUAUUAUCUUUUAUUUUGAUCAAAGACAUUAAUUAUUUGUUGAUGUGUAGUGUGGCAAA